AUGGAUGAAUCCGACGCAGACUUUAAACACUCCCUAAUCCAACUUCGAAAAAUUGUCAACACCAUUGACACAUUCACCAAUGCUGAUCCAUGCGUCGAUUUUCUUAAUCAGACUAAGAACGAAAAAGUCUUUAUGAUUGUUUCAGGCGCUCUUGGACAAUCAACAGUACCGAACAUUCAUCAUUUUCCUCAACUUGAUUCUGUGUAUGUAUUUUGUCGCAACAAGACAAAACAUGAACAGUGGACAAAAGGAUGGUCAAAAGUCAAAGAUGUUUUCACUGGAAUCGAUCUGAUUUGUGAUAGACUCAAACAAGAUACUCAACAAUGUGACCAUGAUUCUGUUUCGAUCAAUGUCACCACCAGAGAAGAUUUGGGUAAUCUUGAUCCAUCAUUUAUGUAUACACAAUUGCUCAAAGAAACUGUUAUUGAAAUGCAAUAUGAUGAUAAGGCAAAAGCAGCCCUUGCUAACUUUUGUCGAGAUCAAUACCAUGACAAUCCACAUGAGAAGCAGAUAAUCGAUGAGUUCGAACGAGAUUAUGACGAUCAUACACCCAUCUUGUGGUACACUCGGGAAGGUUUCAUUUAUAAGAUGCUCAAUCCUCCGAUUGAGUGCUGA